GGUGUCAUUGCAACCAAAGUCACGCAACAGAACACCUGCUACAUUUCCAUCAUGAACAGAAGCGAGAUGCCCCUCUUUGAUAACCUGGCCCACCUGGCACAAGAGAGCAGGAACCUGAUCGGUGGUUUUGGAAGAUCUACCAAGAGGAUCACCUUUGUCACCAAUGGACUGGUCAACAACCUCAACUCCUACGGAAUAGACAUCACGGCUAUGUGCAGCGGACUCACCACCUACAUGGCUUACGAAGUUAACACUUCCCAAGGACCCCAGUUGAAUCUGGGAUCAUGCAUUACCCUCGAUGUCCUGAGAGUUGUGGACCUGAAGUACUGCAUUGGCAAUGGCAGUGUCAAUUUCCCGACUCAGCAGAUUCCCAGCGGCAUCUUCAACAACACACAAGUCAUCAUUGGUGGCCAGUCCCAAAUUGUGACCAUCAACAGGCAAUGGCGUGUGGCUGUCAUUGAGCAAAGGAACAUCACUGGGUCCUGGAAAACCAUCUGGAACUACAACACGGGUGUCAUUGCAACCAAAGUCACUCAACAGAACGCCUGCUACAUUUCCAUCAUGAACAGAAGCGAGAUGCCCCUCUUUGAUAACCUGGCCCGCCUGGCACAAGAGAGCAGG